UGCCUAUUCCAGCCGUCGACUGAGUACGAGUGCUUAGCUGGCAUCGCCUGCAUCGACAUCGCCAUCGCGGGAUUUACCUUCGCUCUCGCUGCUUUUUAACUUGCAAGCAAGAGUUUUUCAUUCGCCGUCAGUUGUAUUUCGGUUCGCGCUGCGAUCUGUCGCACAUUGGAUUCGCCACCGCUUGCGAGGGAAACAAAGUCAGUACUCGAUCAUCACUAUCCCGAUCUAUAUCCUGUGCUGCGGAAAAAGCGCAGCUUCUUUUACAUCGAGCUUCCCGGAAAAGAAAACCCACGCAACUCACCAGAAAAUGGCAAUGGCUCGCUGGUCGGGAUUGCAUGCCGUGAUCGUCCUUCUGGUCUGUUUGGCAGGCUGUCAAUCCCUUCCGGAUCUUGGGGAAGGCCGCAGCCCGAGCGUAACCGGAAAGCCAGCCCUGAUUCGGACUGAGCUCCGCUUUGGCCGUAACCUGGACCCCUCCAAGGUGCGGGUGGUGAACGUGAAGUCCAGCAAGGGCGAGGAUGUGGAGAUCCUGGUCGGGAAGAACAGCAGGAAGGCCCGCGCCGAGGAGGCGGCUGGCUCCUUCUUCGUGCGCAGCGCGGACGUCAAGCGGCCCACGAUUCGGCCCGCGGAAAAGGCCAGCGGUCGCCAGCUGACCUUCGAGCACAGCCCGGCGCUGCUCAAGCAGAGCCAGCUGGCCCAGCAGAUGGGCGACUUCCGGCAGCGCAAGGCGGAGGCCGAGCAGCGGCACGCAAAGCUAAUCCAGCUCCAGCUGGCCAAGGCGCAGAGCAAGGCGGUGGAGUUGGAGUACCAGGCGGCGCAGGGAGAGUCGCGCCGUGGACGCCAGCUCGUCGCGGACGUGUCUUGGCAGCCCGCCUACGCCCAGAUUCCGACGCAUCCAGUGCCCCGCAAGAAUUUCUCCUUGGCCGUAGACCGCCAGUGGCAACCUUUCGGGCUGGACCAUUCCGUUGAGAUCCUGCCGCGGGUGCAGCGCCUGGCGCCGGGACCCUCGGUCAGCUUUCCCAGGGACAUGGAGCUCGCUGCCUCCGACGUGCAGGAGUACUUCGCGGGCGACAGGGACACCCGUGCCUAUGCCAGCAGCGGGGCCAAGUCCUCCCAGGGAUACCGUCCCCAGAACCUCAUCACCAAGCACAACUACAACUACAACGCCCUGCCGCAGAAGUCCAAGUACGUCACGUACAUGCCGCACUCCGUGGUGGUGACGGCCAGUGCGGGAGUCGCCACGCCCACCGUGGGAGUCGCCCACACGCGGCGUCCAGUGCAGAGCCCCGGGCACGGGAGCCCCCACCACAACCCCAUCGGACAGAGCACCCACAGCGUCGUGGACGGCCCCGCAGUCACGCUCAUCGAGGGCGUCCGAGUGCCGGACAGUGCCGAGGACAAGGUGAAGACCUGGCGCAACGCCCGCGUCCUGAACAACCAGCUGGUGCCAUAUCCCGAGGGCUACACGCCGCCGAGGGCGCAGAUGCCCAGCUUCGACCGAUAGGUGCGGAGUGGACCAGAACGGAGGGUGUCGGGUGCUCAACGGUUACUGCUAUUUAUUGAUUUGUCUAUUGUUAAGCUAUUUAUAAACGUUGAAUUAAAGUUGUCAAGGAAGA